AUGUCCAUUAAAAUCACUACGUCUUUAAGAGAAUGCAAUAAACAAGUUAAUUCCACAAAUCCAGCUAAGCCAAUGAGGGUUAAUCGACCUGCUCAACUUGCCACUUCGGCUCCAAGUAGCCCGUCAGUAAUUAGCUUCCUUUCAGUUGAGAAAAUCUUUUAUGAGCCUGAGAUUAGUUUCUGGAUCAGAAUCAAGCCCUUCAGCGAUUGUAAUCUUAUUAGCGGACUUAUUGACCCGCUUUAUUAUUAA